CCAAGCAUAUUAAACCCCAAUGACGAAGAUCUGACAGCAGGGCGGAACAGAAGUCACAUCUCAACUGUUGCAGCCCGGACGCAUUGGGGGAGCGCGCUAUUUUUGAGCGACCAGCAACUCCCAUGGACGUAUAGAGACAGCUGAGCGGGGGGAGCGGAGCCCGGUGCACCUGUCACUGUCACGGGGCAUAUCCAGGGAAAGGCUGCCGAUGAGCGGGAGGAGGCCGGUCUGCACCGAGGUCGCAGCUCCGCAGGUAGCGUUCUCUGGUCUCUGUCAACCCACAAGCACGAAGUGUGAGGUACUCAGAAGCAGAUACUGUAGAUGGGGGUGCUCUUCUACUCUGACCACGAAUGAUCCGCCAUGGACCAGAUCACUUUCCAUCAUGAUACCGUGCUGUCGGACGUUCACAUGCUCCUGCCCAAUGCACACCGCCUUAUGACACGCCUCAACCAUGUUGGGCAGCCUGUCUUCAUCUGCAACUUCAAGGUCUUGUGGGAUGAUGAGAGGCUUGACCCAGGGAAACGUUUAGAGGAGGAAAAAUGCGAUCACCCAAGGGAAGCCUGGGAAAAGGACACAAAUGCCACCAAAGAAAAGGCUGGAGAGGAAGUUGGGGAAGAAAACGUGGAACCGUGUUUAGAUGAGGAUGGAGACCUUGACAUCACACAUGGGCCGAGGAAAUACCCUGCCGAGAGUAGAGACCGAGACUUGGUCUGCCCCAUCAUUCUCAAACAAUCCAGCCCGCCACCAGAACAAGAAGAGGAAACUACUGAUGAUGACGCUUAUAAAUGCUCCAAAGACAUCAUAAGGAUUGAGCACACUAUGGCCACACCCCUGGAAGAUGUUGGCAAGCAGGUUUGGCGAGGGGCGUUCCUUUUGGCUGACUUCAUCCUCUCUCAGGCACUCAUGUUUAAAGGACAAACCGUCCUAGAGCUGGGAGCGGGAAUGGGGUUAACCAGUGUUGUCAUGGCAACCACAGCCAAAACAGUGUACUGCACAGAUGUGGGUGAAGACCUUCUGAGCAUGUGCAAGAGAAAUGUGACAUUAAACAGUCACAUGACGGAGCCUGCAGGUGGUGAGGUGAAAGUGAGACAGCUGGAUUGGCAUCAGCAUUCACUUUGUACAGAUGCUGAUGAGGAAUUUAGCUGGACAGAGGAAGAAGUUGCCGAUAUGUACGACCACACUAGCUUCAUUGUUGCUGCUGAUGUUUGCUAUGAUGAUGAUCUGACAGAUGGCCUUUUUCGAACACUGUACCGACUCUGCAGCAGCUUUACUCACACCUGCACAAUCUUCAUCUCCAUUGAGAAGAGGAUGAACUUCACUCUGCAACACAUGGAUGUUUCCUGCGAUGCUUACAAUUAUUUCAGGCACUGCUUGUCCCAACUCCACGAACUGAUGGAUGGACGAUGUUGCUUCAAAGUGGAACAACUCCCCUCUAACUUUGCCCAGUUUUUCCUGUAUGAACGCAUAGAGCAACUGGAGCUGUGGAAGGUGACUGCCACUCCACUUCCAUUUGACCACACCCAGCCUGAUUCUGGACCGUUUUUAGCUCGCCCUGGGUUCACAAGGGAGCAACUAAAGAGUACUGACUAAGAGCAUACUGAUUCAGUUCACAGGUUUUAAAUGUAAUUGUUAAAACCAAUGCAGUAUCUUAUUAUUGUAUUUACUAUAUUCAAGACAGAACUGGAUAUUUAAACAAAUUGAGCUCAUUUGUUUUACUAAAUAAAUCCACGAAUGUUUCAUUAUUUAUUGUUCGACAAUGCAUUCAUAUAUGAUCAUAAUGGAAGUAAUUCAACUUUGGUGAUCAAAGUCAUUUGAGUUGUAAGUCUGUACUAUGUUGUAUAUGAACAGCAUAAGUAAAUCAAAUAAUACUAAAUAAAUAUACAAUACAAUACAAUUGUACCACCCACUGAGUAUGUAUGUACAUAUAUAUUUCUCAUUCUGGCUCCAUGCAACUUUCAGCAUUUCAGCACUUCAGCAUUAUUAAUCUUUGUUAUUAUUAUUUAUUUUGUUGCAUCAGAGAAUGCUGGAUUAUUAGUUCUGGAGUCAGAGAUAGGAGGAGAGGAGCCUGGUAGCUGAAUGCUUUACAGAUCCAGGAUCAGAGAUAACUCCCAAAUUCCUAAUCGUUUCAUUGGAAGCAGGGGCAAUGCUGUCUAGAGCAGCUAUAUCAUUGGAUAAUGUAUCUCUAAGGUGUUUAUGGCUGAUUAUUAGAGCCUCUGUUU